AUGAGAGCUCCUCUGACCCAUCACGCUAUUAACACUUCUCGUCCUGGUCGGAAUAUUCGUCUGGCACCUAUUUCAGACCUUCUCAAUCCCGCAGAGCCAGAGCCCAAGGACAGUCUCGAGCUUCCCCCGUUGAAGCCCAGUGUGUACUGCCAUACGAGGGAGGCUGAUCCUACCACCGCCUUGGAGUCUGGAAUGUUCCCAAAGCCCAAACCUCCUUUCCUUGUCGAGACUUCUUCGAUCCAUGGCUCUGAAGAGCGAUCCCAGGGGCCUAGCACUCCAGUCACCACUCCAGUCACCACUCCAGUUACCACUACUUCCAAUAAUAGACCAGCACCGCGAACUCCUUCCCCUAUGUCAGGAAUCCCAGGACCAUCGGCGGCACUGACUGAAUUCGAACCCGUCAGCGCACAUACAGCCAAAUGUGAUCUCUGUAAUAAGCGCAACGGGAACGGGAUGACCCGAUGCCUAGAUUGCGGAUGGCAGUCAUGCAAUGUAUGUACUCUCAAGAACGGGUGUCUUCGUACUCAUCGUGCUGGUGGUCGUGUGCACACCGGUCCUAUUAGCAGGGAUGACCUGGUCAUUCCAGAUGAGACUCCUACUGGCAAAAAGAAAGCCAGACAGUUCAAGGGAAAGAAAGGAGGCGCUGGCGCUCAGGCGAAAGUGACCAAGAGGCGUACGCCCAACACUCAGGUUCGAAAGACCGGCAAAGCCUCCAAACCCUCCUCACCUAACGCAAGUCCUAAUGAAGAGGCUUCCGCAGGAGAAGUUAGCGAAACCGAAAGUGUGCUGAAGAGCGCUCGACUCAUCUUGGCGUUAAGCGUCGAGGCUUUUGAAAUGGAAAAGUUUGCCAGAGAUCAUGACCUUGAAUGGCGAUGGGACAAUCCUUUUGAGGUCGACGACAACGCGACUGAGCUGAUAAUGACGGAUGAGGAAAUGGGAGAGUCGAUACCAAAUGGCCCUGUUUACCGUUGCAUACCAAAAAUCCGCCGCCAGGCUAUGGAACGGGGAAACCGAGAGUUAGAAGCUUAUCGUCGCAAGAAAGACUUGGACAGCGACGACUUGCAUGACUGGGACACUGAUGAAGACGAGGACUACAACCUGAAGACCAAGGCUCAGUCCUAUUCUCGCAAGCGUUCAGGAAAAUUGUAG